GGCUUGUACGGCUAUCGUGGAACCGGCUCUUACAUUCGCUACAUCGCAUACCGGAGACCACUGAGAAGUAGCACCCGGCCCUACCACAAAGAUUUUUACCUUUGGCUCACAGUGUAGCAAAAACUACGGAAAUUCAAUCAGUAAAAGUUCCUGUCUCACUUUAAUCGAAUAAUAUUCCGAUUAGAGCAUAAGGAAACAAUAGUCUUUGAUGUGUAAACACGAAAAAUGCCCAGAAUCUAGCUGGACGUAAAAGGUCACUCCCCUUUUCAAACAGCGCCCGACCAGUGCUUUUUGGGUUUCUCGGGACAAGGAAGACAUCUAUCACUGUGAACGUACUUCAAUAAAACAGACGUAGAACUGAAGCAACCACCGUUCACUAAUUCUACGACACGAAGUUUGAAGUUUGAGUCGGGAUGCUUUUUAUGAUGUGCAUUCAAUUUGAUUCGAAUCCUAGGUCUGAAUAAGGUGUAUUCGUGAUGUCUUCGAAUGCUGAGUUCCAUACCGUAAUGGUCGAAGGAAAUAUAGGCUGUGGAAAAUCUACAUUUCUCCGCUUUUUUCAGCAGCUGUCACCAAAGAACGAAGUCCUUCAUGAACCAUUGCACCUAUGGAAAGAUGCACGCGGUUAUAAUUUAUUCGAACUAAUGUACCAAGAUUCGCCUCGUUGGUGUGUUCCAUUUCAAGCUCAAGUGCUAGUAACACUGCUGGAUCGGCAGUCAAAACUACCGAAAAAACCAGUACGUCUACUUGAAAGGUCAGUCUACAGUAGUCGGUACUGUUUUACGGAAAAUAUGCAUAAUAACGGCAGCAUUUCAGAUGCAGAUUAUAAAGAACUCCUUGGUAUAUACCAGUGGGUAUUCAAGAAUAAAAGUAUACCGAUAGAUUUAAUCGUUUAUUUACGUGCAAGUCCAACAGUGUGCAUGGAACGUAUACGAGCUCGUCAACGUUCUGGUGAAGCAGAUAUUCCUUUGGAAUACGUAGAACAAUUGCACAAACUACACGAAUCAUGGCUUAUAGACCGAAGUUUUGGGCCAUUGCCUGCUCCUUUAUUAGUAUUUGACUGCAAUGCACCCUUACCCGAACUUUUGUCAGAAUACCGAUCUCAUAAAGAGCAAGUGAUGUGUGGAGUGAAGUUGUGAAUGUCAGGAUUCUUAUUCUGAGAGUAAUUUUUGUGUCAAAUUUUGCAAACUUAGUAAAUGCUUGGUAUGAAAGACUAUCUAAUGUCACUUGUGUGUCAUUUCUACACUAUUUUUCGAGUUUUCUACCUUUUCAAAUCGGAGAUUUACGAAAUGCUAUGUUUAUAUUAUCUUUUCUGUGGUAGAUUUGCAGUAAAUAUAUUUGCCGUUUGCAUUUGA